AUGGUAAAGGCCCAAGAAUAUUUCAACAAUAAAUACAAAAAGAAUGUCACUUAUCUGAAAGUAGAGGAACCAAUCUCCGAUAAAUUAACCGGCAAAUUAACCGGUUUAACUUUGAAUAGUCCAGAUUUAGAAGUUAUUAAUUUAGCCGAGAAUAAGAUUAAAAGUUUAACUUCUGUAAAUUUAGGGGCUAAUCCUUUGAGUUAUCUGCAUAAAAUUAAUAUUACUUCCUUAAAAAAUAAUUUGUCGCUUAAUCUUUUAGGACAAUUAGUAGAAUUAAAAGAAGAGAAUGAGGAGUUGAGAGGAAGAAAGGAACAAUCUCAAAAUGAAAAACUAAAAGCCCAAAUAACAAGACUUGAAGAAGAGAACACCAAUUUAAGAAAAGCCCAAGCAGAGGCAAUGAAACAAAUAAGAAUUGGAUUAGAAAAAUUAGAGGUUAAUAUAGAGGUUGCUCCAAAAUAA